CAGGCCCGCCGGGGGCGGGGCCUGCGGGGCCGGGGGCGGGGCCGGGCGCUGUUGGCGGAAGGGCAGCGCGGAGUCAUGCCGGGCCCCAGCGGCUUCCGCCCGGUGCUGGCGGCGGCGGUACGGCGGCUUGGCGGGGCCAUGCCCGGGAAGAGCCGAGGAGCCGCGAAGGAGCCCGCGGGGCCGGUGCUGGCCGCGGGGCCGGUGGUGGCGGCCGAGGGCGGCGUGAGGGUGACGGUUCGCGCCAAGCCCGGCGCGCGCUGCAGCGCCGUCACAGAUGUGACAGCUGAGGCAGUAGGUGUAGCUAUUGCUGCACCGCCGUCAGAAGGGGAGGCAAAUGCAGAGCUGUGCCGUUACCUCUCUAAGGUGCUAGAAGUGAAGAAGAGUGAAGUUAUUUUAGAAAAGGGUGGUAAAUCCCGUGAUAAAGUGGUGAAGAUUUUGGUAUCGGUGACACCAGAUGAGAUAUUAGAAAAACUGAAAAAAGAAGCUUCCACUUGACCUAAAACAAGAGCAGCAAAUGGAACAAUGUAAUGCGUCUUGGUAAAUGGACGGAUGGUUUUUCUUAUGUAAAUCUAGUCCUUUUGAGAAUUUGGAUAAUGACUAGGAGAAGAUACUCUCCUCUGUCGUUCCCCCUCCAGCCCGCCCCCCUUGUCAAUAUAGCUGCUGUAUAGUUGAAGCAUUUGUGUGUAUGUUUGCUUAGAAAAACUUUACUGAGGCUCUGUAUUGGCUUCUGUUAUUGCCACAGGCUUUUUCCCCUCUGGAGAGUUUCCUGUCAGUAAGAUUUGUCAUCUUUCAUGGUCUCUAAAAAGUUGUUUAGGAAAAAUGUUUCUGAAUGCAACAAACUUUGGUUCACCAAGCAAAAGGCUUGGAGUGAUAGGCUUCAAAGGCAUUGGGACAAUGUGAAAAGAAAUGUGGUGCAAAGUGAUAAAUCAAUCUGGACAGUGAAGACCUAGAAGAGUAUUCUCUUUGAUAUCUAGUGGCGGGUAUAGGGUGCAGUUCUACACUACGUUCACAUUUGUACAUCUAAUACAAAUGUAUCUGAAGCCAAUAUACUCUUCUUGAUCGUCACGCAGGCAAGCUAAAAACAGAAUCAACAAAAUAACUGAAGCAAAACCUGAAGUUUGUAGCGCUGACCCCAAACCCAGUAAUUGCAUUCCUAGUGUCGCUUUGUGAUAGCCUGCAAUUGGUUACCUGAAAAUCAGAGAUACAAUGAUUGAAGCUUUGCCAAAUGUAUGUCAAGUGUAAUGACUGUUUUUAAUAAAAAGGGUAAAAAAUAUUA